CCAAGAGAGAGGGAACUAAGGUGGACAAGUUUUAGCCUACUAAUGAGGCUUUCAUCUACCGCCUUGAGAAAUGCAAACAAAUGUGGCUGUAAGUUCUAUGGAAAAAGAAGUGAAAGUGCUUUAUUGAAAUUCAGUCUCUGUACCUGUCUGGAAUUUCAUAUCAAAACAAGUCUAUGAAAAAAACGAACUGGAUAGUUACAAGGAUAAUCAAGGAUGUGCGUGGCAGAAUAUUUCUUUAAUCUUAAGAGAAAGAUAAUUUAUUGUUUUUGGAAAGAUACAUGUUCAGGUUUAAUGUCCUAAAUAAUAUUUUAUGUGUGAUCUCUUAAUGUUUAGUUAUUACUGUGAUGUCUGUUCUCCAUUUAGAUGGAACUUUUAUCAAAAUACAGUGAGAAGUCAGACAUUCAGAAAUCAAGAGGCAAAGUCAGUUAUCAGUGGAAAGGGUAUCAUCUCAGUGGAUUCAGGUCCUGGGGAGCCUCUGAUAUUACAAAACUAGAGUUCAUCUUAGCAAAAAUUCAUGAAGUAUCCAUCUUGUUCUAGGUGAUGAAAGAAACCACAGCAUGGAGCUCUGGAACUCCACCUUGGGAAGCAGCUUCAUCUUGGUGGGGAUUCUGAAUGACAGUGGGUCUCCUGAACUGCUCUGUGCUACAAUUACAGUCCUAUACAUGUUGGCCCUGACCAGCAAUGGUCUGCUGCUCCUGACCAUCACCAUAGAAGCCCAGCUCCACGUGCCGAUGUACCUCCUGCUUGGGCAGCUCUCUCUCAUGGACCUCCUGUUCACAUCUGUUGUCACUCCCAAGGCCCUUGCGGACUUUCUGCGCAGAGAAAACACCAUCUCCUUUGGAGGCUGUGCCCUUCAGAUGCUCCUGGCACUGACAAUGGGUGGCGCUGAGGACCUCCUACUGGCCUUCAUGGCCUAUGACAGGUAUGUGGCCAUUUGUCAUCCUCUGAAAUACAUGACCCUUAUGAGCCCAAGAGUCUGCUGGCUCAUGGUGGCCACGUCCUGGAUCCUGGCAUCCCUAAGUGCCCUAAUAUAUACCGUGUACACCAUGCACUAUCCCUUCUGCAGGGCCCAGGAGAUCAGGCAUCUUCUCUGUGAGAUCCCACCCUUGCUGAAGUUGGCUUGUGCUGAUACCUCCAGAUAUGAGCUCAUGGUAUAUAUGAUGGGUGUGACCUUCCUGAUUCCCUCUUUUGCUGCUAUACUGGCCUCCUAUACACAAAUUCUACUCACUGUACUCCAUAUGCCAUCAAAUGAGGGAAGGAAGAAAGCCCUUGUCACCUGCUCUUCCCACCUGACUGUGGUUGGGAUGUUCUAUGGAGCUGCCACAUUCAUGUAUGUCUUGCCUAGUUCCUUCCACAGCACCAGACAAGACAACAUCAUCUCUGUUUUCUACACAAUUGUCACUCCAGCCCUGAACCCCUCAUCUACAGCCUGAGAAAUAAGGAGGUCAUGGGGGCCUUGAGGAGGGUCCUGGGAAAAUACAUGCUGCCGGCACACUCCACGCUCUAGGGAAGGAUCAUGGCUAGCUUCCAAAAUUCCUUCUCCUGAGAGUCAAAAGAUUCAUGUUAUGAAUCAAAUACUAAUGGUAAAACCAAUACAGUGCAGAGUAUAGCAUUUAAUAGAAAAGUGAAGGAAUAUAACUGGAUUUGUCAAAUGCUCUUUAAAUCUUCUCUCCAUGAAGUAAUUUAUAGGGCAUGAUUUACACUAUCUAAAAUUACUCUUCACUCUAUUUAAAAUUUAAUCUUUAUUUUCCCAAGAAGGCAUUUAGUUUAAUGGGUUCCCACCUUGGGACAUGACCCCUAACCUUGGAAGUUUAUAUUGGAUCAGAGAAAGGAAAAGAACCAGAGAAAGGAAAGUUUCAAGUGGGUGGCAUAAGCAAAACCCAAACAUCAAAGGGGGAGAUGUCUAGAGAUUUGCACAAAUUUAGACCAAGUGACCUUAUUAAAAGGUUAUAUAGACUUCUUGUCUAAUGCCCCAACUGGUAGUAGUUUGCUUGUAUUUGCAUUGUACUUGCUCUUUUUUUUCUUUCCAAACAUCAGCCGUAUGAAACACUCUAACAAGUGUCUUUGCUUGUUUGUUUUUGUUUGUUGGUUUUUGACAUGGAGAUACUUUAUAGUUCCUAAAAUGCAAUUAUUAAUAAAAUGAAGAAAAUAAGAGGUGAAGGUAGUCCAUAAGCAAGGUUCAUGAUAAACAACUCUGCUUAUUUCUUGCUAAUAAAAAAACAAACAAGCAAAAUAGUGGUUUUCCAUUAUCCAAGGCUAUCUUGUAACAUUCCAACCAUUGCAGUGUUCACAUGCGUGGUGGGUGUGGAUAUUUAAGUCAGUGUGUCUGUGUGUUUGUGCUAAAGAAGGAGAGGACAACAUAAUGAAUUUUCCCACCAGCUUAAUUAUGCUGCACUACUAUUAGUUUGCUUAUAAGUCUGAGAAUAUUGAAAACAAAAGAUGCGAACAAAAGCUGUGAGUUGCAUUUUGAAGAUUAAAAAUAAUAUAAAAUGAUAUAGCUAAUUAAAUGACACUCUUUUGGGGGAUAUUGCUGUUUGAAGAUUCACUAACACUUUUCAAAUCAAUUCCUAUACUAAUUUAAAACAGUAACUGAGACUAGGUUCAGAAAGCAUAGUAGUAUAUCAUGUUUGGAAGGCAAGGCUGAGUAGAGAUAAUUCCUACACGUAUUUAUAUGAAUUUCCUUCCAUUUUAAUACAGGCAUGCAUUUUACCGAGUUGAUGUGUGUGUGUAAAACAGAUUUUUUUAACCUACUAGCAUAUAGUUAUUUUCCUAUGUAAUAUAGUGGCAGUAUACAGCACUGCAAAGAGUCUAGGGUCAGUUAUCAGUGUACAGAAGUUAGAAUUGAAUACACCCCGCUUAUUUCUAUAACUUUUAGCAUAUUACUUAACCUGUUUGUGCCCAAGUCUGUAAGUUUGCAAAGUGUAAAUUGACAUUAACAAUAAGACCUACUUUGUAGUGUUGUGAGGAUGAAACAAGUUAGUAAAUAUAAAUAUAAAGACAUCUUUAUACUUGUAAACAGCGUGUGUCAUAUAAUAAGUAUUUAAUAAAUUUAACGCCUACAGAAUAAAUGGCCCUGAAAACACUGUUGAGUGAUGGUAUAAUGUUACAUCAUAUGGGUGUUUUGUAACAUUAUUAGCUAUUUUAUCAUUGUUUUAUCUUUAACAUUGUCGUGUGUGUGUGUGUGUGUGUGUGUGUGUGUGUGUCUCUCUCUGUGUGUAUGUGUAUGUGAAAUCAGUAAUGUCAAUCUCUUGGAUGUGUGACCUUUUUUCUAUAGAAAAUUCCUAUGAGUGAAAUUACUCAAACCAAGGUUAAAAAUCUGUUUAAUACUCUUCAUAUGAAAAGACAAAUUGUUUUCUUAAAAUGUUAAAUAUUUUGCAUUCUUACCAGCAACAUAUAAGUGUACUUAGCCCACUACAUAUUUUUUCAUGUUAAAUUUUACAUAUAAGUAGUCUUCACUAAUUGAUAAGGUAUAAAAUUUGCCUAUUUUAAUUUGCUUAAGUAACUUGUUCACAUUUUUCUUAUUGAUUUGUUGAAGUUUUUUACAGGUUAGGAACACGGAGACUUUGUUAUAUUUGUGGUAAUAACUUCUUUUCAAUUUGUUAUUUGGCUUCUAAUAUCUGCAUGGCAGAGAUUUUUAGACAGAGAAAUAUUUAAAAUAUUUGUAUAGUGAAGGAUAUCUUUUAUUUUAUUUUUUUUCCAGUGAUUUUUACUGUUAGGAUGUAAUUUUCUAUUCUCAUUGACGUCUUUGCUGUCCAUCACACAGUUCAAUUUAGGUAACAAUUUAUAUAUUUUAUACGUUUUGUCACUCACUCUAUAAUUUGUGUUUAACUUUAACAAUAAAUGUCGAAUUUAUCUUUACAUGUGAAAAUGGUGAUGUUUCAACUUUUGUCAAAGCUACCAUUUUUCUAGUAAUAUUUUAAAGUAAUCCUUUCAUUUUCUGUUAUUUUACUAUCUUCAUCAGACAUGUUCUGGUAAGCUAUAUUUUGGCUAACUCUUCAGUUCUAGCUUCUUUCUCCUCUUUACUCUUUUGGAAGACAUUUGAUUCUAUCCUUCACAUCUUAAUAGCUCACUUGUAAUUUGAUUGUGAAUAUAUUUAACUGAUAAAUUAAUUUGUAAUUUGAGCAUUUUUUUUUUUUUUUACAAUACUCAGUCUUGCCUUCCUGAACAUGGUGCAUGACUAUACUUCUGGAACCUAGUCUCAGUCAGUUUUAAAAUGACCAUUCCACACCAUCAUUCUAAGCUGAUGCCUUGCCUCACACUUCACUAGAACAGAAGCAGUUGGCUACAAAGCCCUCUUCAAAUCUUCCACAUAUCUGUGCCUGCAUGUACACUUCCUGUUUUCCCUCAUUAUAACUGCUUGAACCCGGGAGGUGGAGACUGCAGUGAGCUGAGAUCGCACCACUGCACUCCAGCCUGG